UCAAGAAAAAAUGACACUAAAGAUCCAUCUUAUGUAACAUAAGAGUAUAACUUUUUUUUUUUUUUUUAACAGAAGACCUAGUGAAUGUCAACAUGGAACACAGAGCAGCUUGUACACGUGGCAUGAGGCAACACGUGUACUCACGCCAGUGCCAUCAAAUAUCUCGGGGAGCAUUACGCUGUCGUUUUAGCUACUGGGAACCCUAGUGAUCGCUCCGUGGACAUGGCGAAGAAGCGAGAUCACCGACCCGGCUCGAGUUCCGGUCGCCGGGAAAACCGAGUCCAAUCAUCUUCUGGUCGAAAUGAACCGGCUGACUCAGCUUCGGUUCGCAGAAAACUCGUUCCCUUCUUCGUCGUGUCGUCCGUCAUUGCCGUCGUGGCAUACUGGUUGAGACAAUCUUCUCCUCCGCAAUAUAAGGAAUCGUAUGUGUAUCAAAGAGGCCUUGUCACAGCCGAUGCCAAUUACCAAGAUGUACUCACUGAGAAUUCAAGAGUAUCAGAAAAUACCUCUCAGCGCCAUUAUACUUAUCCUGUGCUUGGCUACAUUACUCCCUGGAACUCUCGGGGUUAUGAAAUGGCAAAAAGGUUCAACUCAAAGUUUACCCAUUUAUCACCCGUCUGGUAUGAUUUAAAGAGUCAACAGACUAGCUUAGUUCUAGAGGGGAGACAUAAUGCUGACAAAGGAUGGAUCUCAGAGCUUAAAAAGACAGGAGAAGCUUUGAUCUUGCCUAGAGUUGUUCUGGAAGCAUCACCAGCAGAGCUGCUGAGAACGAAGAAACAAAGGAGCAAAGCUAUUGACCUUAUAGUAACAGAGUGCAAGGAAAUGGGAUAUGAUGGUAUUGUCUUAGAAUCUUGGUCAAGGUGGGCAGCUUACGGCAUUUUGCUUGAUCUAAGCAUGCGGAAUUUGGCACUGCAGUUUGUAAAACAGCUUGGAGAUGCACUGCAUUCUAUAAGCUCAGCGAAAAAUAGUGGGCAACAGCUGCAGUUGGUGUAUGUUAUAGGUCCACCAUCUUCUGAGAAGCUGCAAGAGCAUGACUUUGGUCCAAAAGAUCUUGAGACUUUAAGUGAAUCCGUGGAUGGAUUCUCAUUAAUGACAUAUGACUUCUCUAAUCCUCAUAACCCUGGUCCUAAUGCACCUUUGAAAUGGAUUCAAAUUAUUCUGGAGCUGCUUCUUGGUACCUCUGGCAAUAGAGCCCAAAGUCUUGCCCCCAAGAUACUUCUUGGGAUCAACUUCUAUGGAAACGACUUCUCUCUUUCAAAGGAUUCAGGUGGCGGAGCUAUUAUUGGAAGGGAUUACCUGGCACUUUUGGAGAAGCACAGGCCAGAACUACAGUGGGAUAAGAAUAGUGGGGAGCAUUUUUUCUUUUACACUGAUGACAAGGAGAUCAGGCAUGCGGUCUUCUAUCCAUCUUUAAAGUCAAUUUCUUUGCGGUUAGAGGAAGCCCGUUCAUGGGGAUGUGGCAUCUCGAUCUGGGAAAUUGGUCAAGGUUUGGAUUAUUUUUUUGACCUUCUAUGAAAGUCAGUGUGUGUACUGCUUUUAUACCCCCAUGUUCAUGUUUAUUCAUACCUUUACUCAUCCUGUAUUCAGUAUAAUUUAAUGGACUUGGUUAACAUGGGAUUCUUUUUUGUUAUGGUCUAGCUUAAGCAAUGCUCAGUUAGUACAGUUACAACUUACAGUGAUAUGAUGUCAGAACAAAAGGGGUAGGUGCUGUAGGGAGGUGGAUAGAACGAAAUGCAAUUCCAUGUCCUAAAGGAAAGAAUUAUCCAAUCAACUUUGCUCAUGACAAUUAUAUUAUUUGAGUUUGAACGUUAACAGACGAUUUUGUAAUUCCGCUAUAAAUCUUUGUUAAAACAUGAUGCCCUACUUUUAAAAUGGGAAAAGC